AUGGAGAGAACAGGUAAAAUGAAAGAUAUCUGGUUAGCAGAUGGAUCUGUCAGAAACUGUGAAGAGGUAUGGAUCAAUGUUACUACACCAUACAUAUCUGGUUCAGUGUUGGCACUGAUUUUAGACAUACCAUUUGCGGACUUAGUUAUAGGUAAUUAUGUAAAUACCUCUGUUCCUAAAGAUGUAUGCACUGAAAAAGUAGAAAACGAUGGUAAGAAUAUUGAUCAAGACACAUGCCAGGCUGUACAAACAAGGGCCAAGAAGAAACAAGAAGACGAAAAAGAAGAAAAGAUACAAGUAAGUAUAGACAAGUUAAAUGAACAUGUAACAGAUAAUAUAUUACCACAGGUAGGUAAGAUGUAUAGCAGAGAUGAGUUAAAAUUAGCUCAAGCUGACGACAAAUCUUUGAAUAAGGUAAGGAGCUUAGUUCAGGAAAAUCCAGGACAACAGUCAUCCUAUUUCAUAAUGAAGUCAGGAAUACUAUACAGAGUAUAUGUGACUCCCAGUGAGGAAGAGAUAUAUCAGGUUGUUUUACCACAGAAGUAUAGGGCCAUAGUACUGGAACUUGCUCACGAUAUUCCUCUUUCAGGCCAUCUUGGUAUAAAGAAAACUAGGGAUAGAAUAUUACAUCAUUACUUUUGGCCGGGUAUGUUUGAGGAUGUGGCUAUGUAUUGUAAAUCAUGUCAUGUUUGCCAGUUGAGAAGUACAAAAGGUAAGUCAGCAAAGGUACCGCUAGUGAGUAUUCCUUCAAUAGAUGUACCUUUUCGUCGAAUUGCUAUUGACUUUGUUGGACCAUUACCGGUUACAGAACGAAAAAAUAGGUAUAUUUUGGUAAUUGUGGACUGUUCCACUCGAUAUCCAGAAGCUGUUGCCUUGAGAAGCCAAGAUGCAGAGACAGUUGUUGACUCAUUGAUGGAAGUAUUUUCUAGAGUAGGUUUCCCUGAAGAGUUACUUUCGGACCAAGGAUCAAAUUUUAAGUCGUCACUUAUGUUGGAAGUAUGCAGACUUUUAACGGUUGAAAAGAAGGUAUCCAGUGUUUACCAUCCUCAGACGAAUGGAAUGUGUGAGAAAUUCAAUGGUGUUUUGAAACGUAUGUUGAAAGCCUAUGCUUCACUAGAACCAAAGACAUGGGAUAAGUACCUGGUAUAUGUAUUAUUUGCUUAUAGGGAGGUACCAAAUGAUACUACAGGUUUUUCGCCAUUUGAGUUAUUGUAUGGUCGAAAUGUAAGAGGACCACUGUCUGUCUUGAAAGAACAAUGGGAAGAACCAGAGGAUUGCCAAUCGUCUGUACUUAGCUAUUUGAUUGAAACUCGAGAGAGACUGAAAAUGUUAUCUGAGUUAGCACACCAGAAUGAAAUGAAUGCAAAACAGGUACAGAAGAGGUAUUACGAUAAGAAGGCAAGAUCGAGAGAGAUUGAGGUUGGUACUACGGUAUUAGUUCUACUUCCCACUAGUGAAAGUAAACUUUUGGCUCAGUGGAAAGGGCCUUACGUUGUUACAGAUAAGGUAGGACCAGUAGAUUAUAAAGUCAAGGUAAGAGGUAAAGAGAAAGUUUAUCAUGUGAAUAUGUUGAAAACAUGGUAUGAGCGUCCUGAAGCACUGAAAAAUGAGGUAGAAUUUUUAGCAUGUAUAGAUGUAGCGGAAGAUAAGUUUGAAGAUGAAUACAUAGAUGUAGACUAUAAAGUAACUCAUCGGCUGGUAGGGAAAGAAACAGUAAAUGACGUCAGAAUUUCAGAGGAUUUAACAGAUGAGCAACAUAGUGCGUCUUUUGUAAGUCUGAUGAGAAAGGUCCUGAAAGACUGUGAUGGCUUUGCUGAUUCAUUUAUAGAUGAUAUUGGAAUUUAUAGUGAUACAUUUGAAGAUCAUCUGAAACAUAUAAGGUUAGUAUUACUUGCUCUUAGAAAAGCAAAUGUAGCAGCUAGACCAAAAAAAUGCUGUUUUGGAUUCAGUAAGUUAGAAUUUCUUGGACAUAUAGUAGGUGGGGGUGAAAUCCAGCCUACACAGGAUAAGAUUCAGGCUAUUGUGGAUUUUAAACCACCAAUGACAAAGAAACAGGCGUUGGAUGUGUACUUGAACAAGAGUUUAAAGAUGGCAGACAUCCGAUUCUUUAUAUGA